AGCGGGCAUAAAUCAAUACUCUGCCCCCCUUUUGUAGAAAGGGCGCAGUCACAAGUUAAAAGCUGUGUGGGUAACACGCUACUAAACCGAAAAGAAAAUUCAUCGGAAAAUUGCAUCAAACGACUUAUCUGCCAAGAUGAAGUCGAGCGUCCAGUUUGCGCCAAACAAGCACUUGGAGAACAUCAGUAAAAUGUUUAGGAAAUUAUACAAUGAUGAACAACUCGCCGACGUGACAUUGUGUUGUAAAGACGGCACAAUCAAAGCCCACAAACUUAUUCUCGCUACGAGUAGUCCGUAUUUCCAUCGAAUUUUCACGGAAAAUCAGCGAGAGCAUCCAAUUCUCAUAAUGCACGGUAUCUCUUAUCAGAACCUACACGAUCUCAUUGAAUUAAUUUACAAAGGCAAUGUCGAUGUUCUUCCUGAAGCGUUAAAUCCAUUGUAUGAACUAGCGGGAGAGUUUCAAUUGGCUGGAAUAUCGGGAGUGCUAAGAGAUGAAAAUGAUAAAUAUUCCGACCUAAUGAAUGGAAGCCACGGACGUGACACUCGAUACAAAGGGCUGAAACGAGUCGCUGUCGACUAUAAGGACCCAGAGCCAAAAAUUGAAAGUCCCUCAAUUUCUCCCAAAAAAGCCGAAAUACAGACUUCUGACGACUCGAUACAAAUUUGCACCCACUCCCCUUCACCUGACGUAGCCACCGAAUGCGAGGAACCUUCUCCAGAGAAACCAUCCGAAGAAGCGCCAAAAUUGAGCGCUUGGGCUAAGAAACAACGCAAAUUCAAAUGUGACCUUUGCCCUAGCAGUUUCAAACGUUCAUCACAUUUAACCCGCCACCAGCUUGUCCACACUGGAGAAAGACCCUUUGCUUGCGACCAAUGCGAUAAAGCUUUCUCAAGACACGACAAACUCAAACACCACAUUCGAAAAACACACGAACAGGACUACGAAGCUGAUUAUAACAUGGAGUUAUCAUCACAUGGAAUCCUCGCAUCUUCAUCCCCAUCACCUCCACUACCUUUCGUAAUUUCGCACGUUCGAAGUGAGGCCGAUGACGAAGCCUCCUCUCCUCCAAAUCCGCCAAAAAGGCCAAGAGGCAGACCAAGAAAAUACCCCGUUGUUGAAAAACCUUUGAUUAAACGAGGACGGGGAAGGCCACGUUUGAAUCCAACUCGGCCAACGGGAAAUGGGGAAAAUUACGAUAUAACUAAUUUACCAUAUGGGGAUUUGGAGUAUUUAACUAUGCCGUUACAAGAGUCAGUUAUGAUAGAGCCAUACGUUGAAAUUAAAACCGAAAAAGAUGAGACGGGAGGAUCAAAUGAAAAGAAAGAUACAGUGAAAGAUGAGGAGGAACCUGGGCGAGUUAGUCCCACAAAUUUGAAGGUCCUAGAAAAUCGAAUUGCGAAAAUUGGGGAGUGUACAAUUUCGGUAGCGAACCAUUAAUGCCAUUAAAACCAAAUAUUAGGAUUAGUUCACUAGAGUUACUCAAACUGUCACACUAUUAACUAUUAAUUAUGUACAAAAUUACAAAUAAAACUGUUUAGAAGUGGAA